GGGCAAAAACGGAACAUACCAGAAGAAUCAGCUCGUCGAGCUCUACAAACUGGUACAUAUCCCAUUUAAAACUGAGACUCACACUUGGAGAUGUUCCCUCGUUAGUCUUCCGUGGGAAGUGAAAGGUGGAGGAAGAGGGAAAUCUUAUCAUGCAAGUAAAUCAGCCACAGAAGGAUUCUGUGUUCUCUCGGCUAACAAAACUUUUCUUUCGGAAAGGAUACUAGUUCGUUGAUGUCAUUCCGCUGUCUUGUCUGGAUGCUUUAGGUUCAACUUUCCUUUACUCGAAAUAUAUCUCCGUUGAAAUUCAAAAACAAUUCGAAAAAUUCUACCAGUAAAUAUUCCUAUCUCUAGACCGAUAUGGCUACCAUUAGGAAACAUUCUAUACUUUGAUACAAGAAUAAUGCUUGUAAAUAUGAUAUUUUUUAUUUUCAAACAGAAUUUCUUCGUUAUGUGUUUCGCUUCAUCAGACUGCGUUUACAAGCUUUUUCAAAUUAAAGAUUUAUUCUGACUAAGCAAACAAAAGUGAUGAAACAGAAAAAGCGCAGUUUCACCUGCGCUUACGUUUCGUUAUUUAUCUAACAUACGAUAGAGAUAUCAUCUUGUUUAUAAGUAAAGGUUUUCUAACCUACAAACAUUGUCUUUAACAUUUAAUUAAAUUCUAUUUCAAUGAAGAACUUUAAUAUUUUAUUUAUUUUCUUACUUUGUUUCGUCGCUCAACUCAGUUUUGUGGCUUUAAAACCAGAUACAGACGGAAUUAUAUUCAAAGAGCAAUUAAAAGACUACGAUGUUAAAAAGAAAGUUAUACUAACACCAGUGCGCAAAAACUUUUGUUAUAUUUUCUCUCUUUCAUCGUUUGUUUGUCGUGUUUUAUACUUUAUAGGAUGCUCCAAAACCAAUUGGACCAUAUAAUCAAGCCAUACAAAUUAAUUACCUUCUUUAUUUGAGUGGUCAAAUUGGAAUCGAUCCUUCAACAGGUCAACUGGUAUCAGACGACGUGCGAAAUCAAACUCAGCAAGUAUUUCGAAAUAUACAAGCCGUCUUGCAUGCAGCUGGAGCAGAUCUGACUCAAAUUGCACGAUGUCUUGUGCUGUUAACUGAUAUGAAUGAUUUUCAAUCCGUAAAUCAAAUUUAUGCAUCAUUCUUUCCUUCAAUGGAAAAUUACCCAGCUCGCUCAACCUUUGCUGUCAAAACUUUACCAGCUAAUGCUAAAGUUGAAAUUGAAUGUACUGCAUACACGAAACAAGAAUAA